UUCCUCAUCUGAAUUCCCGCGUGGGAAGAACUUUCCCCUCUUCUUUCUCCUUCUCCCUCGCGCCGGCGGCGGCACCGCGGCAACUAGCUCUGACGGCAUCCCCUCGUCCUUUCCCAUACGGUCUACGGGACUGGCGUGGAGCCGUAGGUUGGGGAUCUAUCCGGGGUCCCGUGCUCGGUGCUCGGACUGACCUCGUGACGAACCCUACUUUUCUUUGGUGUGAGCACUAUAAUCCCAAUCUCGCUCGCCUGGAUCGAUACUCAAAUCUAGGGCACCCGUGCGAUCUUGGACAUUGGUUGUCGAGGGAAGUGUACAGAGAGCUGUGUUACUUUAUCUUGGCUAAAUGCAGAUAUCUUGGUCAUCCACGAUAGUAGAGCUCAUCUUAGGGCUGCUAUGGUACCUCACCCACAUGUUGAUCAGCCUUUUUGAUUUGUGGUCGCAUCUGAGUAAUUAUCUAGAAUGCUAUCUUAUUUCGUCCGAGUUGCUGCCCAAGUACCGAAAUAUUCAUUUUGAGAGACUUAAGUACGUGGGCAUUGUAGUUGACAGAAGAGAAACAGAUAAUAUUUUGAAGAUCAAGCAGCUUUUACGGUGGCUCUCAACUAUUGGCGUUAAACAUGUAGUUCUCUAUGACAUUGAAGGAGUACUGAAGGAAUUGCUUGAACCUGGUAUAGAUGCCCGAAGAGAUGAGAAGUCAAGUUAUUUAGAUCUUAAUGCACAUGGAGGGAUGCAUAUAGAGUGUCUUUCUGGUUCUAAUGGUAAGGAAGGCAUUGCUAAAGCAGCAAACUUACUGUGCUCAGAUUUCUGCAGUUGCGAUACUCAUGAACACAGCAAAAAUGGCAUUGCAUUUACAGAAGCUGACAUGGCUAGCGCACUCAGAGCAGUGGGUAGUGGUGGGCCAGAACCUGAUCUUCUUCUUGUGUAUGGUCCUGCUAGAUGUCAUUUAGGAUUUCCUGUGUGGAGAUUACGGUUCACAGAGAUUAUGUAUAUGGGUUCACUGAAUUCAAUGAAAUAUGGUUCUGUUGUGAAGGCUUUGUAUCGAUUUUCGCAGAAAUAUCAAAAUUAUGGUACAUGAGAGCGGAGACUAAUGUAAUGAAGGCACCCUAAAAUGUGCAACUUCUGGAAGCUGGCUAAAGUUUAUUAAGUAUAGUCUUGGACUCUUGGUGGAUACAAUGUGCUUCCUUUUUUUGGUAGGAUCAAAUGGGUACCCGUAGGGCUGUAGAACAUACAGGUGCAAACCUCAUCCACCGUAUUUUAAUUUUCAUCGGAAUGUAACAGACUGGCAGCUCAGUGAUUUGUAUUACUUUUGUGGAGAACUGAAACAUGCACCCUUUUUUGCCUUGCGAAAUUCAUUUUGGCUUCAUAUGAC